AUGACGACGACCAUGUUCCCGCCUGCCGGCAUUGCCCUCGUGGGCGCCCCAACCAGCGAUGCAGACCGCCCUCCACCGCUGCAGGCCAUGCAGGUGGAAAUGACCCAGGACAUUGUCGAUGCGCUCCUUGAGAGCAUGAGGAGCGGGUCACCGCCCCAGAUCUUCUUUGGCCGCUCUCCCCACCUCAAAGUCGGCGACAAGACCCACGUACUGCAGAGCAGUCCCGAGACGCACACACACGAGCUGUACCAGUCCAGCGGGACCAGCAGCGACGACGACCUCGAGUUCGCCGGCGUCAUCAACCACACCCUCAUCGUGCAGGAGGCUGCCGACGUGACGGCCGGCGUCGACUCGGCGCUGGCCUCCCUGAAGAGUAGCAUGGCUGCGAUCUCAGAGUUCAAGGAAGCCAACAAGACUAUCGUCGGCGAUGCUACUCCUGUUCGCACCCCCGGUCACCGCCGCUAUCCCUCGACAGGGUUCAUGCCGGUGCACCUCGCUCCGUCCAAAGCUGGCUCGCCGCUGCCGAGCAUGCCUGCCUCGCCCAUGGACAAGCGCCCGCCCACGUCGCAGCCGAGCGGUGCUCACGAAGCCAUCAUUGCUGCCCUUCGCGUCCCAGUCAUUCACCUGCUUGCCCGUGAGUCGGCCAACGAGACUUCUCUCGCCAGAACAUGCCGUACAUCUACUGCUACCAUGCGGGAGCUGCUACCCAAACUUGCUAAACGCUCCACUCAAGACACAGACAAGUGGCAGCUGACUGACAAGUCGUUUCGCGAGAUUACUCCCUACAACUUCCCUUACUCGACACCUGAGGAGCGAGAGCAGGCAAUUGAGAAUGCUAUCAAGGCGUUUGAUCGUCUUCGAUUGACAAAAGAAGACAAGCUUUGGCAGAUCCUGCUGCCGCGUGAGGAGCGAGGACAGGGCAAGUGCUUGUCCCGCUCAAAGGUAAAGCCUCUGGAGGCCAAGCCCAAGGUUGCAACGCCUCUGCACAAGGUGUCGGAUUUCACAAAGAAGAAGCCUGUUGCAAAGAAGGCUGACGACAAGAUCUUGGAGAAGAAGGUCGACAGCGAGAAGAAGUUCAAGUCUGUCAAGGAGGGUGCUGCCAGUAAGCUGAGCAAGGCAGCAAAGGACAGGAUCGUGGGUUCAGACAAGCCAGCCGUGAAAGAGACCAAGGGAGAGGUGUCAAAAACAGCUAUUCCUUCUUCAGCACCAGUCUCCUCCGAGAGCAAAGCUGCCCCGUCGACCGAGGCUCCCAAGAUCCGUACCAAGAAGGUACCCGCCGCUGAAGUCAAUUCCUCCAACUCCACACCCCGUACAAAGCCAAAGACAUCUGUUGCCCGCGAGCCUUAUCAGAACCGCCAACAUAGGCCUGUCAAGCCGGUCUACAACACCAAGCCCAAGAACCCUUCUCCCCUCUCAGCUUCGCCUCCAGUCAACGCCAGCGACUUCGAGGAUAGCCACCCGGUCCACAAAGCUCUUGCUGCCGCUGCAUCGCCUGUGAAGUCGUCUUACGGCAACUCCGACCGCUCGCUGAAGCGUAAAGCGAACGACAUUGACAGCGACAUCCACAACCACAGCCUGGCCGUGAAGAAGCCCAACGCCGACCGCGCGACACCCAGUCACACCCCAUCGCAUACCAACGGCAGGCUGAACGGCUCUGCACCUUCAAGUGCCGGCUCUCUCAAGCGCAGAUCUGACGAUUCCUCCACAUCUAACACUCCCGCCACCGCCCCCAAGGUUCGCAAGGUCACCAGCAUCAACAUCGGCCUUGCCUCUCGCUACAACCACAAUAACUCCCACCCCUCCCCUGGCGAUUCAUCAUCCUCGACUACAUCGCCCACUGUUCCAAGCCUUAGUUUCCGUCAAACAGUCGAGCUGUCGCAAAAGUUCCAAAAGUAUUACACCAAGUACGAAGAAUUGUAUUGGAGGUUGACCGAGGCUUCAUCCCCGCCAACCGAAGCACAAAGAAAUGAUUUACUCAAGAUGCAUAAGAAGCUGGAGGAAAUGAAAAGGGAGAUUAAGGCAGGCGCCCGGAUGCAGCGCUGA